AGAAGAUUACUGGAGGUGCAUGCAUGUAGGAAGAUCUUGUCCGUCUUUACUAUCCAACAACCAUCAACUCAUCCUCACCAAUAUGGCUUCCGUUGCUGGUGUAUCGGCACAAGAUGCCAACAAGAUCAAACAACUAAAGCCAGCUCAUUUCCGAUUAGAAGAUAUCAUUCGACCAAACAUUUUAUCAUUGAAGCCAUAUCGAUGCGCUCGGGAUGACUAUCAAGAUGGAAUCCUACUUGAUGCAAAUGAGAACAGUUUAGGUCACUCCUUGCCUGCAGGAUCGACGAUACCUCACACUGCCAACGCUGCCACACCAAUCACUGGAUCAGGAUCAGAUGAUCCUCUUUCCCUGCACCGAUACCCUGAUCCAUCUCUGUAUGGAGUGAAGCCAACACUUGCAAAGCUUCGCAAUGUCGAAUCAGAGAACAAUGUCGUUCUUGGAGUGGGAUCUGAUGAAAUUUUGGAUCUUAUACAACGUGUUGCUGCUGCUCCAGGCAAAGAUUCGAUCUUAAUCUGCCCACCUACAUAUGGAAUGUACAGCGUUUGUGCAGCAGUGAACGAUCUCAACGUUGUCAGUGUACCACUCGUGACUGAAGGAGGGGCAUUCACCUUGGACACAGAAAAUGUCUGUCAAACACUGUCUAGUAACCCAAGCAUCAAGAUCGUCUUCCUCUGCUCUCCGGGAAACCCUACCGGUACACUAUUAUCCCUUGAAUCAAUCCGCAAAGUUCUAGAUUGUCCCGGCUUUAAGGGACUGGUGGUAGUAGAUGAAGCAUACAUCGAUUUUGCAGAAGAAGAACAGAGGAUCGGCGUGAGAAAGGCAGAUGUUCCCGUCAGUGCGGUUUCUUUGGUGAAUGAAUAUGCGAAUGUUAUCGUCACACAAACAUUAAGCAAAAGUUUCGGAUUGGCAGCUAUUCGAUUGGGAAUUGCAUAUUCACAACCUGGCCUAAUCCAAAUUAUGAAUAACACUAAAGCUCCUUACAAUAUUUCUGUUCCAACGGCUCACUUGGCAUCUUUGGCACUCAACCCGCAAGGUUUGGAUCGAAUGCGUACGAAUGUGAGAACGCUAUUAGAGAACAGAAAAACCUUGGAAGCCGAUCUGAAACAACUUCCAGGAGUUGGACCGAUUUUAGGAGCAAAUGAAGCAAACUUUCUCUUGGCAACCAUUUUGGACAAACCAGCUGAAGAAGGAGGAAAGCCUGAUAAUGCUCGAGCAGGAAUGAUUUAUAAACGAAUGGCAGAAGAGCGUGGCCUUGUGGUGCGAAAUAGGAGCUCGGAACUUGGCUGCCCGGGCUGUUUGCGUAUUACGAUCGGUACAGAAGAGGAGAAUAAGCGAUGCAUUGAUUUGAUACGUCAACUGCUGGAA